UGUCUAGUGUCCUUUUCAUAAAUCAAGCUUACUAUAUGGUCAAAUACACAGUAUCACACACACAUCUGUCCAACAGCUUUGUCUGUUUUGUGUGUGUGAUUUCACACAGUUUGUCAUGUGCCAUAACAGUAUAUGUCUGUUUACGCUUCUGAAGCAAGAUUUACACUGUCAUUUCCAGCAAACACACGGUAGUGUAUGUCUGUGCAGGUCUUUGUCUUCAUCUACAUGUUCUGUGGAGAGGUGAGUUUGAUCAGCACUUGAUUUGGAAAUGUGGAAUUUCCACUUAUUGAUGAGGAAGCUUUGUUUGCAUGGGAUUAGGGUUUCCCCCAUAACCUGACCAUAAAACAGACACACGGAGGACUGUCAACUGCUUAUCCAUGUGCUUUUGUCUGUACUUCUGUCAGCAAAGCGCUUCAAAUUUAAUAUAAUCGUUCAUCACCAUCAUCAUGAUCAUCCAUAGGCAGCGUCUCUUUGAUUUUGGCACAUACAUUGUCAUACUUUCCAUGAGAUCAUUCUUUAACUCUGCACUGGCUCUGAAAGGUAGUUGUGAGGUUGUGGGUCCAGAGAUCCCGGAAUAUCAAGUUCAAGGCGAGGCGGUUAUCAUCAGAUUCCCAUUUCUUGAAGAUGCAAUUAAUUACAGGAAUUUACAAGUGGACCACAGCUCAACAUUCCACAUUGAUCACACCAACCUGAGGAACCAGAGCAGUCUGAAGAGCUGCCGGGAUCGGGUGAAGCAGAGCGGGCGCGGCGUCCAGCUCCUUCCAUCUCAUCCGUCAGACUCCGGGACAUUCACCUACACUUUGAGGAGCAACACUUUCUGUCUCACUGGGAGUAUUUCUGUAACGAUUUACGAGGCAGAGGAGCCAAACACGAUGAUGACCUACAACGCACAUGUAGGAGAAGAUACAAAAAUUAAUUGUCCCCAUUUGAGAUAUUUCACAAGGAAAGAAAAUCUUAUGUGGUACAAGGAUUUUCAGAGCACAGCGCUCCCUGUUGGCAGAGGACAGUAUACAAUAGAGAGUGGCAUAAUUCUGUCCAUCAGAAACAUGUCUGUGAAAGAUCAGGGCUUCUACACCUGUAGGCUAAAUGUGAUAUUCAACAAUACCCGAUACAACGUGAGCCGGACCUGGAGAGUUCGAGUGUCAGCCCCAGAAUCAGAAAGUGCCGCACCAGAAGUUGUCACCUCUAACAAUCUCAAUGCUUUCACAUCAUCAAGUUAUUCAUUCCCCUAUAUUGUGUUUCCUGUGAACGGAUCCUUCAUUGAAAGUCAUGUUGGCUCACGUUUGGAGAUCAGCUGCACGGUGUCUGUGGGAAAGCCGUCAGCUCAGUCCACGGAUGUGACAUGGCUGGUUAAUGGCCAUCCCGUGGAAAACUCUCACCUGGGGGGACGUGCAUUUAAAAUAAAAGGUAACAUUCAUGUCUGCAGCGAUCCACUUGGAAAUUGUGUCAGGAAUGGACUCAAGCACAGGUGUCUCAGAACAAGCCGUUCGCAGAUUCUGAGCAAAGUGACGUCACAGGCCCCGCCCACUGCUGAUGGACUCUGCCCUAUUAGCAUCGUUUCCGCCCUGAGCGAGUCGUACACUGUCCGCCGUCGUCUCUGUGCUGGAGCAGCUGGAGCGUCAGAAUGUCUGCAGUUAGACUGGGAGUCUGGUCUCAAGUACUACAACACUGCGAUAGUCUACUAUGCAUCUCAUCACCACAAUAAGCAGGCUGUGGGCCAGAGCAGAUUACAGUGUCUGAUAGCCAUUCAUCCGUUCCCCAAAUCAUUUGUGCUCUGGAGGGUCGUCGGGAUGCUGGACCCCACCGUAGGAGAAGACCCUGGAGAGAUGCUCAGUCCAGUCCACAUAAUCACAGGAAACCAUCUUGAGGUGCAGCUGGUUAUCCUUGAGCUUCAGCAAGAGGACAAUUGGACAGAACUGAAGUGCAUAUGUCAAAACCAAGACCAGAAACAGGAAGUUGUCGCUCAAAUUAAACUAGAAGACUCGGAGCCGUUGUGGUUGGUGAUAGCUGCUAUAGCCUCCUGUUUUAUACUCGUGGUGUGUGUUUUCUUGUAUCAUUUGUGCCAAAAGCCACAGAAACAAGGGGACUACAUUCAGGCACGACAGGACAGCACCAUUUGAAGAUGGCUUCCACCUUACAUCUUUAACAAUGCAAAUAUUUUUGUCAUGUUUUAUUAAUGUUGAUCUUCUGUGUUGAAUUGAUAUUAUGCUUUAUUUUCCUAGUUCUUUCAAUCAUUGCUCCCAGUGUACAUACCCUCCUGUCUCUUUACUUCUUGUUUGGUCUUGUCCUGUAUUCACAUUGGUAAGACUUGGUUCCUUGUUUUCUUACAAAUAGCUUUUAAAUAAAUCUGCACUUGAAUCCUUACAACCUCUACUUAAGCUAUCAUUGUAAAAUCUGUGCAGACCUUUUGUCUUUUCUUUUUUGUGUGAAAACACCAACUCAUGAGAAGCCAUAGAAUAAAAUAGAAAAUGAUUUUAUUCGACAUGUCAAUUCUUGGAAAAUUCUUCUUUUCAGUUCAUAUAUGGCCUUGUUCAGAUUGUCAGUCCAAAUCAGGGCCCGUAUGUUGUAACGGCCACCUAAAUUGUUAAAUACUGUUCAUGAUGUUAAUGUUGAUGUGCCUUUAAGAUACGUUCUUCUAUAGCGUACGUUGUAGUGUGCACGCUGUUCUCAUGUUGAGUUGAGUUGAUAGAGAAUGCUCGUGUGACGACUGACUGAUGUUACAGUGUAAUAAUGUUACUUUUCCACUUUGAUUCGUAGCGUUUAUCAGAGUGCUUUCUUUUCCUGUUUAUCCCCGCUCUUUUGCAUGUAUGUGAAGUGUGCUAUAUUGUGCGAACCAUCUAUAAAGACUCGUGGGACAACCA